AUGACUAUCCCUCAACGACAAACCCCUCCAAUCGACGAGUUGCGCCAAUUUUACGUUGGCAAAAGUAUCCACGAUGUUCCCAAGCCCGCAGUCAUACUAGACAGAGCUAGGGUCGACCGCCAUUGCCAGUCAAUGCUUAAGGCUGUUGAUACUCUUGGUCUUGGAUUUCGAGCCCACGUCAAGACUCAUAAGACGAUAGAAGCAACACGUCUCCAAAUCGGCCAGGGAAGCAGCGAUGUCAAGCUUAUCGUGUCAACUAUAGUGGAGAUCGAACAUCUCCUCCCUUUGCUCAAACAGUGUAGAGAUGCAGGUCGUCGUCUAGACAUCCUUUACGGCCUUCCUCUACCCCGCUCGCAAAUCUCCAGGUUGGCAGCACUCGGCUCAGAGUUGGGACAAGGAAGUAUUUCUGUUCUUAUCGAUCACCCGUCGCAGCUUGAGUCAGUUCAAGCGUUCUCGCAACAUGCUAAAUUUCCUGCGAGGGUGUUCUUGAAGGUCGACACGGGAUAUCAUCGUGCAGGACUACCGCCAACAGCUAUGAACAAGAACGGUCUGAUCGAAGCACUUGCGAACCUUGAAGCUAGCGGUGAAGCUGAGCUGCUUGGUUUGUACUCGCAUAGCAGUCUGAGCUACAAGGACACAACUGCCGAGCAAGCCAUGGCGAACCUUGAGGGAGAGAUCCAAGGCUGCCUUGAUGCAGUGAACGCGCAUGCUCACCUCUUCUCCAAGGACAAAGAGCUCAUCAUCAGCGUUGGGGCAUCUCCGCAGGUAACAGCAGUUGAGAACCUGGUUACGUCACAAGGGGACUUAUCACCGGCAGCUGAAUCUCUACGCAAGUCCAUCCAAACUGUCACAGCGGGGAAGCCUGGUGGGCUUCAUACCAAGCUUGAACUCCACGCUGGUGUAUACUCCAUCCUCGACAUGCAACAAGUCUCAACCAACUCGAGGAGAGAACUGGGAUCCUUCGAAGACGAAAUUGCUAUUUCAAUCAUCGCUGAAAUUUGCAGUGUCUACAAUGACAAAGAGAGAUCGCAGCCUGAAGCAUUGGUUGCGGUUGGUUGUCUUGGACUCGGCCGCGAACCGUGUGCUGCGUAUCCUGGCUUUGGUGUCAUAAGUCAGUCGUCUUACAAAGUCCCUCCUGGGGACGAAAGACGAUUGAUCGUUGACAGGAUCAGCCAGGAACAUUCCAUUGCAGCUUGGGAACAUGCUGACGACGAGGAUACGUCCUCUUUGCCCCCAGUCCCGUUGGAGGUUGGACAGGAUGUCAUCAUCUUCCCAAACCAUGCUUGCGUUGCUGGCGCAUUAUAUGGAUGGUAUCUUGUGGUUGACUCUUCGGAAGGAGAUGCAACUAAGAUUGUUGACGUAUGGGUUAGAGCUAGUGGAUGGUAG